AUGGAGGCGGCAGUCGAUCUGGCGCCACAUGUGAGACCGAUGAUGGCACAGCAUCGCUCGACCAUAGCCAUGCUACGCACGCAACUUGAGAUUUUGCCAGAUGUGGCGGCCGAGCUGGAGGAGCAAACGACAGAAUCGGAGCGCGUCAGCAGACUGGAUCAAGUUGCGCGUGACAUGAUCGAUAUGCUCAUGGAGGCCGAGACACGUUUGCAAAUCUUGGAAGAGCUCGGAACCUCCAUGUCAAGCAGUCAGACUACAUCUUUAGCAGAUACGUAUGGCGAGCGCGUUCAAGCCAAGAUGGACGGAUACCAAGCACAAACGGCGCGACAGCGGUAUGCCCGGCACCCCGCCUAUAUCGAGUUCAGGUCGCGUGUCUGGGAAGUAUCUCAUCAAGGUGCGAUGCCACCCUUAGUAGACCUUCUUCCGAGGGAGCCGGGUGACGAUGACGUGGCUGCUACGCCCGCGGGCGAGGACGAGGAAGACAUUGUGGUAGGCGGCGCCGUGCUGCAGCUCCGAUGUCCGCUGACGGCCCAUCUUUUGCAGGAUCCUGUGGUCAAUACGACAUGCCAGCAUGCCUAUUCUCGCGAAGCCAUUUCUUUGUACAUGUCUGAGAACCGCACCCGCAGUGGAUCUGUGCAAUGCCCCGCCACAGGAUGCACGGCCAGUGUUACCCGGUCUACGCUGCAAGAUGCACCGGCGUUGAAACGUCGCGUAGAACGCUACGAACGCCACCAGCUGCGUCUGGAGGAGCAGCGACGCACGCAACUCGGCACCACAACUCUGUUGGACUAA